GCCAAUGACUUUUAGUGACUCCAGUCUCCAGCCUGAGCUGGAUACCAACAAAUUGCCCAUUUCCGCCGUAGCACUGCUUUCCUUGUCCCGAACAUCUUCAGCCUCAGUAUUCUGUAACUCUCGCUCAGCUCCUUCCGUCUCUCGCGCUUGCCUUUCCUAAUCUUAUCCCUGUCGCCCACUGCACCGCAGUGUUGCAAGCCGGUCUCCCUUCGCUGUCUGCCUCGAAUUUACCCCGCAACCUGACUGGAUCCCCUACUACGUGCGGCUGCUGUGUUGUCAACACUUUCGCAAAGAGUUUAAGACGAAGCUCUGCUGCUCAGGCGAUUCUUUUUUGGCCUUGACUCCGUGAACAAGCACAUAUUGCUCUUUGGCCUUGUAACAAGAGGUCGUGAACCGAAAUCCUUGGGAACGUGCAGUGGCCGGUGAGAGGACGCAGGCACUGCGUUGGCCAGCCGCAACCAUGAGUUUAACCGGCAUGUUGAAUAAGCUGCAAGGCCAGCCCGAAAGUUACGAAAAGAAAGCCCAGUAUCGCUUUGGAAAGACGCUUGGAGCAGGCACAUAUGGCAUCGUUCGAGAAGCAGAAGUCAAUGGAGAGAAGGUUGCUGUCAAGAUCAUCCUCAAAAAGAGCGUUAAGGGCAACGAACAGAUGGUAUACGAUGAGUUGAAGAUGCUCCAAACGCUUGACCAUCCUCACAUCGUCAAGUUCGUGGACUGGUUCGAAUCAAGAGACAAGUUCUACAUUGUGACCCAGCUUGCUACCGGGGGUGAGCUGUUCGAUCGGAUCUGUGAUAAGGGCAAGUUUACAGAGAAGGAUGCCUCCCAGACGAUCAAACAAGUCCUCGAGGCGGUAGACUAUCUUCACGAACGGAACAUUGUCCACAGAGACCUGAAACCUGAAAACCUUCUCUAUCUGACGAAAGACCCCGACUCGCCGCUAGUUCUUGCGGACUUUGGCAUCGCAAAAGCUCUUGAUGGCCCAAGUGCGGUUUUGACCUCGAUGGCAGGGUCAUUUGGCUAUGCCGCUCCAGAGGUUAUGCUUAAGCAGGGACACGGCAAACCCGUCGACAUGUGGUCUUUGGGGGUCAUCACUUACACCCUCCUCUGCGGCUACUCGCCUUUCCGAUCCGAGACUCUCGCGGACCUCAUCGAAGAAUGCAAGAAUGGUCGUAUCAUCUUCCACGAAAGAUACUGGAAGGAUGUCAGCAAGGACGCCAAGGACUUCAUCAUGACUCUUCUACAACCAGACCCCAAACGCCGCGCCACGAGUAAAGAAGCACUCAAGCACAUCUGGUUGACCGGCGAGACCGCUUCAGAACACGAUCUGCUGCCAGAGAUCAGAUCAUACUUGGCCAAGAUGAAGUUGAAGCGCGGCAUCGAGCUCGUGAAACUCGCCAACCGAAUCGAGGCUCUCAGGGUGCUCGACGACGAAGAUCCUCACUCCCCAGAUGUCAAUGACAUUCCUGCAAAUGCCCAGAACGCGGCCGGCUUGGCGGUCAAGAACCAAAUCCGUGGCGUAUCGCCCGGCCGAGGUCUCUCAACAAGCGAUGCCCCCGAAAAGAGACAUCUAAGCAAUGCCGCAAAGAGUGCUAUUUUCCGGGAGGUGGUCCUUGCCAAGGUGAGGGAAAUGAAGGACAAGGAACAAACCGACAGGCUGGUCGCCGAGGUUACGAAAGAACACGAACGAAGAAAGAGCUUUUCGGGAUCCAAAUGAGCAAGGCUGUGGGUUUGCCUUCGGAACAAGUUCUUCAGCUGUGACGGCCAAAGUCAAGAAGACGCUGUUUACCUAGGUAUGCGCCGAUACGAUGUUUCUUACUGAGAGGGCAGAACGAUACUCUCAUCAGCGGGUGGAAAUCCGCCCCUAGUGGCCUACGAUGAACAGGUCCAUUCAAUGCGUCUAUCUGCUUGACGGAGAGAGACCAUGGAAGCAGAGCCAGAACGUGUCUGUUUCGACGUUGACCUUUCCUUUACUGGUCCUGUUAUCAACUUUGCUUCUACUCAUGUAGCGUUAGCAAGCGCCUAUCAACGCCCGGUUUUGCGGAAGGGUAGUAUUCCAUUGGAGUACAGCUCAGUGGAUGGCCUUCUACAUGUGCCAAGAUCCUGUGCGACAGUCUCUUUCGAUUCUUUAUUCAUCCAACCUCGUACGUGAGGUUAUUUCUCCUGGAGUAGACUAUAUCUCCUGGUGUAGAGUACCUAGAAAGACCUUCCAAUAAAGAACCAUCCCCC